GAAAUAAAAUGGAGGGAAGCGUUCGUACGUCAAAUUGGGUUCCCGCUUUUCUUCCCGCCAUUUGAACUCUCGAAAUUUGCUGCCCUCUCUCUCUCCCUCCCUGGAUCUCCUAUUCGAAUAUCCUAUUCUCUCUGUAAACAGUGGAAUACAGAGACGAAGAUAGGGAAACAGAGAGGGGAAGAAAAGAAUUCUGUUAGCUGCAAUGGAGGAGAAAUCCGACGGGCUGGAGAUCGUCUCAAUCGGCAAGCUUUACAGCGGUCCUUGGGACAAGAAGUAUUGGAGCUCCUCUAGGGGCAAAGACCGCUAUCCUUAUCCUGUUGGGUACAAAGCUUUACGUAAUCAAAAUGGAGUUACCUAUAAAAUGGAAAUCCUUGAAGGCCUUAAUGGGCCCCUUUUCAUGAUUAGUUCUACAGAUGGCCAAUCAACUAGUGGGCAAACUCCUGAUAUUGCGUGGGAGUUCUUUCAGAAGAAAGGCUGUCCUCGAAUAAAGUCAUUGCCUGGGAAGAGAUUCUCCUGUAAAAUAGAUGGUGUGGAAGUUUUUGGAUUCAAAAAUCCAUUUGUUCAGAGGCUACUCAGGGAACUGGUGUCAGAUAUCAAUGAAGCUGCAGAAAAGCUUUCGCCAAGGUCCAACUUCUCUAACAGUGUGGCUUUGCAGACUAACAAUCAGAGCCAAUGCAUUGUAUCAAGUGCAUAUCCCAACCUGCUUCUACACUUGGAAAAACCACAAACAACUGGAAAGAGAAGUAGGAGAGAAAAAACAAUGAGUGUUAACUCGUACAGGAAUACAGGUCUAAAAAAACAUAGACACCAGGAUAAAAAUGAUAACCUUGGUGCUUCACAUUCUACUGGGAAGAGGCAUGAACCAAGAAAUAGUCAAAAAGUGUUGCCAGGGUCAAUGGGACUCGAAAGUAUAGUGCAAAAAGAAGAAAACCAAGUUUCAGAGGAGAAUGUUUCACCUGUGGCACCUUCAAAUACAAAUGAUCAUCCUAAAGUGAAUGGUCUCUUUUCCCAAGAUGAAAACAAGUGUUCUAGUUUUGAAAUUCAAUUGCCCUUAGAAGAAGUGGGCAUUUUGCCAAAAGACGGAAAACCUUCUGACAGGUCAGAAGUUUUCAAAGUUGAGGUGCCAAGUAACUCCUUCAUAAAGGAAAAUAAUGAAGAAAAACAGGUCACAAACGGCUUGUGCUUAACAAAUGAUGCCAACCUUUACUCACAUGAUACCUUGGAUGACCCAACAGCUGACUCUUUAAAUCUUAAUUCAACCGAUGUGAAAGAUGAAAUAAGUGCUCCUGACACAGUCAUUCCUAAUGUUUUAAGAGCUGAUUCACACACAAAUGAAUUGGGAAUACCUAGUUCAAAUGUAAGCUCAGCAAAGAGUGAGUUUGAGACAUUUGAUCAGGAAGUAGCCAAGUCAAUGAUGACAGUUUUGCUCCCUCGGGCACUUCCUCUGCUUAAGACAUUCUCAAGGCGGAAAACGAAUAGUGUAAAGCCCCCAGAAAAAUCUACCCGCAUGUCUCAGGAAGAAAAUAAGACUGACCAUGCCGCCGUCACAUGUGUUAGCAAGCUUUCUCAGAACUCAGAUUUGGAAAUGAAGGAAAAGAUUGAAUUUCCUGCCAGAGGUCAUGCUUCAGUUUUACCAUGUAGUGGACAUGCAGAAUUCAUAAUUCCUGAUAGUUUUGACAAUGAUGAGGGUGGAUAUGUUCCAGAUACUGAACUACCUCAGUCAUGUGAAAUUGUUGAAGCUGAUCAAAGUUCUCCAGAUCUUUAUACUAGACUAUGUGAAACAAAGGUAGUACCAGAUAUAGUUGACUCAGAAGAAAAUUCAUUAGUUUCCCAAGAUUUCCAGAUGGAUUUAUGCAAGAAUUCCAAAGAAGACAUGAGAAGCGGUACCAGCAUAGCAUGCAGGAAGGCUUAUGUCCUGGCUUCAACAGAAAAAGUUCCAAACACAAUAAAUGGAUGUGGGGUUGUCAGUAGUGAAACCCUCAUUGCUGAACCAGUGCUCAAAUGUGUUCAUCUCUCAGAAAGUAUCAUAUGCAGGGAGUUUAGAGAUGACUGUGCUGCAGAGGAAUGUGCUAAAGUGAAUGCUUCAAAUGCUAUACACUUGUCACAAGGGAAUGAUCAUGACCAGAGAAACGUAGUGGAAAGAAAUUUAUGUGGUAAUGAACAAAAACUUGAGUAUAUGUGUUUUAUGUGGCCCCUUUUUGCAAAAGGAAAGAAAGCUUUUUAUAUACAAGGCACCCAUGACCGGACAAGAUGAGGGGAACCCUUCUUUUGUUGGCUAUGCAUCAUUAAUGUUACCAUUUGAUAGAGAUGUAAGAUAAUUCUGACUUCUAAUUUUCAUCAGCUGUAGCUUUACUGCUCUG